AUGGACAACUUUAAUUUUGGGGGAUCACAAUUGUCACGCAAUGAAAUUUUCCAAAUGCUUAUUCGGGCUUCUAUAGCCUCGGUGAUUACGUUCUAUUCGAUCAAAUGGAUGAUGAAUCAAAUAGAUCCUACCAGCAAGAACAAGAAAAAAGCUAAACUAAAGGCAGAACAACAACUGAAGAGGUUAUGUGAACAGGGCAAUUUCGAAAUUAACACUCAAAAAUUCAAUGAUUAUGAGCUAAUGAUUGCUUCGCACAUUGUUGUCCCUGACGAUAUACCAGUCAGCUGGAGUGACAUUGCAGGUUUGGAUUCCGUAAUUCAAGAGCUGCGGGAAUCCGUUGUGUUGCCUGUACGGCACAGAUAUCUCUUCAGUCAGUCGAAAUUGUGGCAAGCACCAAAAGGCGUUCUUCUGCAUGGACCACCUGGUUGUGGCAAAACUCUAAUUGCCAAAGCAACUGCAAAGGAAGCUGGUAUGCGCUUUAUAAAUUUGGAUGUUGCUAUUCUAACCGACAAGUGGUAUGGCGAGUCACAAAAACUUGCGUCUGCUGUCUUCUCGCUUGCUUUAAAAAUUCAACCAUGUAUCAUAUUUAUUGAUGAGAUUGACUCGUUUUUACGAAGCCGAAACUCCAAUGAUCACGAGGCGACCGCUAUGAUGAAGACACAAUUUAUGAUGCUUUGGGAUGGUCUAAACACCAACAGUAGUGCUACGGUAAUUGUUAUGGGAGCCACAAACCGACCACAAGAUCUUGAUAAGGCCAUAUUAAGGAGAAUGCCAGCACAGUUCCACAUUGGAUUACCAAAUAUCGAACAAAGGUUACAGAUAUUGAAGCUAAUACUGGAAACUGAAAAUGUUAAUCCAAAUGUCGAUUUCAAUCGCCUUGCUGAAAUUUCCAGUGGAUUUUCUGGAUCGGAUCUUAGAGAAAUGUGCCGUAAUGCUUCGGUUUUCAGAAUGAGGGAGUAUAUGAAGUCGAACGCUGAUGAGUUUUCAAACAUAACUGAUGGAUCGUGGGAACCAACUGAAGCAUCAUCGACAUCAUCAUCAAAUGUCAACUCUUCCAUUGCAAUAACAAUGGAUGACCUCAUAAGAUCAUUUGAUAAGAUUCAAGAGUCUAAAGUACAUACCGGACAGUUUGUUAUGGAAAAUCGAAUUGAUUUGGAUUAA